GGUCUCCGUUCUCCCUCCCUCCCAGGUCCGAGCAGCCCCUAGACUACCAUGUCUACAGCCUGGAUCCCGGUUCUCUGCCUUGGUGUCUGUCUGUUGCUGCUGCUGCCAGAGCCCGCGGGCAGCGAGGGAGCCGUUCCCAUUGCUAUCACAUGCUUUACCAGAGGCCUGGACAUCAGGAAAGAAAAAGCAGAUGUGCUCUGUCCAGGGGGUUGCCCUCUGGAGGAAUUCUCCGUGUUUGGGAACAUAGUAUAUGCUUCUGUAUCAAGCAUAUGUGGUGCCGCUAUCCACAGUGGGGUAAUCAGCAACUCAGGGGGACCCGUAAGAAUCUAUAGCCUACCAGGUCGAGAAAACUAUUCCUCAGUAGUUGCCAAUGGCAUCCAGUCUCAGAUGCUUUCCAGAUGGUCUGCUUCUUUCACAGUGACAAAAGGCAAAAGUGGUACCCAGGAAGCCACAGGACAAGCAGUGUCCACAGCACGUCCAGCAAUAGGUAAACGACUAAAGAAAACACCGGAGAAGAAAACUGGCAAUAAGGACUGUAAAGCAGACAUUGCAUUUCUGAUCGAUGGAAGUUUUAAUAUCGGGAAACGCCGAUUUAAUCUACAGAAGAAUUUUGUUGGGAAAGUGGCUCUAAUGUUAGGAAUUGGAACAGAAGGACCGCACGUGGGCCUUGUUCAAGCCAGUGAAAAUCCCAAAAUAGAAUUUUACUUGAAAAACUUUACAUCAGCCAAAGAUGUUUUGUUUGCCAUAAAGGAAGUAGGUUUCAGAGGGGGUAAUUCCAAUACAGGAAAAGCCUUGAAGCACACCGCCCAGAAAUUCUUCACAGCAGACACUGGAGCAAGAAAAGGGAUUCCCAAAGUGGUGGUGGUAUUUAUUGAUGGGUGGCCUUCUGAUGACAUCGAGGAAGCAGGCAUUGUGGCCAGAGAGUUUGGUGUCAAUGUAUUUAUAGUUUCUGUGGCUAAGCCUAUCCCUGAGGAACUGGGAAUGGUUCAGGAUGUUGCAUUUGUUGACAAGGCUGUCUGUCGGAAAAAUGGCUUCUUCUCUUACCACAUGCCCAAUUGGUUUGGCACCACAAAAUACGUAAAACCUCUGGUACAGAAGCUCUGCACUCAUGAGCAAAUGAUCUGCAGCAAGACCUGUUAUAACUCAGUGAACAUUGCCUUUCUAAUUGAUGGCUCCAGUAGUGUUGGAGAAAGUAAUUUCCGCCUCAUGCUUGAAUUUGUUUCCAACAUAGCUAAGACUUUUGAAAUCUCAGACAUUGGUGCCAAGAUAGCUGCUGUACAGUUCACCUAUGAUCAGCGCACAGAAUUCAGUUUCACUGACUAUAGCACCAAAGAGAAUGUCCUAGCUGUUAUCAGAAACAUCCGCUAUAUGAGUGGUGGGACAGCUACUGGUGAUGCCAUUUCCUUUACUGUUAGAAAUGUGUUUGGUCCUGUGAGGGACAGCCCCAACAAGAACUUCCUGGUAAUUGUCACAGAUGGGCAGUCCUAUGAUGAUGUUCGGGGGCCUGCUGCUGCUGCACAUGAUGCAGGUAUCACCAUCUUCUCGGUUGGUGUGGCUUGGGCACCUCUGGAUGACCUGAAAGAUAUGGCCUCUAAACCAAAGGAGUCGCAUGCUUUCUUCACAAGAGAGUUCACAGGAUUAGAACCAAUUGUUUCUGAUGUCAUCAGAGGCAUCUGUAGAGAUUUCUUAGAAUCCCAGCAAUAAUGGUGACAUUUUGACAACUGAAAGAAAAAGUGCAAGGGGAUGUAUAAGUUGUUUCUAGUAAUACUGAAAUACUAUAUAGCAUACUAAGAUCAGACACAAAACUAUUAUACUAAAGAUGGCAAAAAUGUAAGCAAAUAUGCAUUCAUUUAAAGCUACCUUCUAAUUACAGUUCAGACUCAAUUGUUCAAAACACUGCUGAGGCUUCAUAAUCACGAACCUUAGAAACUCAGGAAAGAGGAGAUAUCAUAGAUUAAAAUUUUAAGAGUUCUACUUUAACAUGCAUAUUAAAUGUAUAGAUAUGCAAAUUCUAUAGCUCAAUAAAA